UUUUACGUCCUCAAACAACAUCGAUGAAAUCGAUGCAACAUGGAGAAACUACCAGAACCGCUGUCUGCACGAGAUAAAAGCUCAUUUGCUUACCUGACGAUCAGAGACAGACUUCCUGUUAUUUUGUCGAGGGUGGCUGACACAGUUUACAGAAAGAAACUAGCCAUAAAGGACAGCCAUGGGGAGGAUGCUACUUUUGAUGAGUUGAAGUUCAUUGCUGGGUGCAUCUCCAAACUACGAAAUGAACUCCAGACCAACAAAGCUGUUAUACCAUUACAGGAUAAUGCCCCAGACACUGAGAUCUGGAAUGCUUCCAUAGCUGCUGAAACAGAGAGGGAGGGUGAACCUCCAAAGUGGUUCGUGUCCCCCUGGCUGUACGUGGAGUGUUACAUGUAUCGCAGGAUCAUGGAGGCAAUCCUCCAGUGUAAAGUGUUACAUGAAUUGGAUCCUUUUGAGGAGCAGAAAAUGAAGGCCUUCACCGGUUCUGAAGAAGCCAUUGAGGUUUUGUUACAUUACCUACAGGGCAUUACAGAGAAAAUAGUAACAGCGACAGAGGAGGAUAAAGAUGAAUAUGUUACAGAAUUUUUGCAGAUUGCAUUAUGGGGAAAUCGUUGUGAUCUCUCUAUAUCAGCCACCCAGGAAAAUUCCCAGACAGAAUCCAUUCUAGAUCAACUCCACCAUCUAGAGCCCAAUAUUCUAAUUAAUGACACGAAGCAAGUCUUACACUGUCUCAGAUCCAGCUCUAGAAGUAGAAACAUUGACAUAGUUCUGGACAAUGCAGGAUUUGAACUCAUUACUGAUCUCUGUUUAGCCGAGAUUUUGUUAGCAUGUGGAUGGGCGGAUUGUAUUCGAAUGCAUGGGAAAGCAAUGCCUUGGUUCGUCUCUGAUGUCACGGAAAGAGAUUUUAAGUGGACGCUCGAUUCUCUUUGUAUAUCUCCAAGGCCAGCCAUGGCUCACUUUGGUAGACAGUGGUGUCAGAGGUUAGAAAACGGUUCUUGGAGGCUCACUUGUGAAGAUUUCUGGACAACUCCUUACAAUUUCGCUGAAAUGAAAACUCAAGCAUCUAGUCUGUAUGAAAGUUUUAAAGACACAAGAAUAAUAUUUUUCAAAGGGGACUUGAAUUACAGGAAACUCCUUGGGGAUUUGAACUGGAAUCCAACCACACCAUUUGAGGUCAGUCUGAGGGGUUUUCACCCAGCUCCUUUGUGUGCCCUCAGGGCCUGUAAAGCUGACCUGAUUGCAGGAUUGGGCCCAGGACAGAAAGAAACGGUAGAAAAACAGGACAAGAAAUGGAUGGUAGAUGGAAAUUGGUCCGUUAUUUCAUUCUGUGAAAAAGCAAACCAAUGACAAAAUCUUUUGCUAAUUCCAAUAUUUUUUUUUACUUUUUUACUGCUUAAAUUAUUUGUUCUAUAAAAUAUAUUAUACAAUUAUUCCUAUUGUAUACCAGUAAAUUAUUCCUAAUUAUAAACUUGUUACCAAUGUGAAAUAAAUUUUGCUUCAUGU